AUCCACACAAUCAAAAUGUCUACCGGAGUUGGAAUGUCUUCGUGCUGCUUGACCGGCAAGGUCCAAGAGGGAACCNCCAAGGGCCAUGUCGAAACAAUCGCUGGUCUUCAAACCUACGUUGCCGCGCCCAAGGACGGCUCGAAGUGGAAGACCGUCAUCUUCCUCUUCAAGAACACUCGCCUGCUCGCUGACCAGUACGCCGCCAACGGCUUCACUGCCUACAUUCCUGACGUACACGAGGGUGACUCGCUCGACAUUGAGUUCCUCCAGACUGUCGAGCCCCAGAAGACCGAGCGCGACUCUCGCUCGCUCACAGAAAAGGCCACUGCCACUGCAAAGACUGGCGCAACACUCGGCCCCUGGCUGCUCAAGCACCGUGAGAGUGUCGCUCGUCCCUUGAUCGAGAACUUCAUCAAGCAGGUUCGCAUGAUCCCUGGCACCAACAAGGUCGGCGCAAUUGGCUUCUGCUGGGGUGGCAGAUAUGUCGUCCUGGCUGGAGACAAGGACUUUAGUGGGGCUGAGGGUAUGGGUGUCGACGCCAUCUACAGCUGUCACCCUUCGCUCGUUGCCAUUCCUUCCGACUUUGAAGGACUCGCUGUUCCCGCAUCGUUUGCGCUCGGUGACUCGGACAGCUUGCUCGGAAACAAGGAGGUCGACCAGAUCAAGGAGCUCAUGGCCAAGAAGAAGAGCGAGGGAAUUGCCACUGAAGUACGUAUCUACGAGGACCAGGUCCAUGGAUUCGCACUGCGCGGGGAUUGGAACUCGGAAAAGGACAAGAAGGCCAUGGACGAGUCGUGCAAGCAGGGCAUCGACUGGUUCAACAAGCACCUGGCAUAA